AUGGUUCGCGGAGGACUUAGCCGAAGCCGCAGCUUGGAAUCUCUGCGCAACGAUCUCUUCCACACCAUCACGAAUACCACUGAAGGAGUCUAUUUCCUCUCUAGCGCUUCCAUUUUGAAAGACAAGCAUGCGGAUAAAGAACUCCUCGCGGUACUUUGCCCGCAGGAAGGGUUCAAAGCAACCGACGCCGGUAUCGCACACCUGAGCAAGCUAUUCGUUGAAUGCAACAAGUGGAUUCCCGUCAUUGAGGAGCGCGACUACGACAUGUACUGGGCUGUGGUCGCUUGCAGCACUUCUCAAGCUCAAAACAUCGAGAUGCCGCCUAGUAUGGCCAGAGCUGUCGUCUUUUCUCUUUUGCGAGCCAGGCAGCGCUGGAUCCUCCGCCAAACGGACCCAGAAGUGUCCAAGAGCAAUGUCAAGACUCAUCUCACGACCGGCGUGCAACGUCUCCUGGAACACUUUGAAGAACUAGACAAGAAUCCCGCAAUUCAGGCUUCCCUUAAAGAUGACGAAUGGAAGCUGACGGAAAAGGAGAAACGAGAUGCGAGAAAAGCUCGUCCGAUGGGCCCUGGCAAGCGAAUGUCACGAGGCAGAAUUGCCCUUUCGUUCAACACUCCGCAGGGACUGUAUCCCAUUGCACAACUUGCUGGUUGCCCGCAGCCUGAGACCAAUCGCCUCGGGAUGAUUGAUAGCUCUGUUGCAAAGAUCACCCCCACCGAAGCGGUUCAAUCUUUGAUCUCGCAUCGCCUUGCAGAAGUCCGUCGCUCUCAGAGACGCGCCAUUGCAGAGGAGAAUGCCAGAAACAAAGUGCCACAGAACGCCUCUGAGGAAGACGACACUCGCAGCGGCCCCAACAGUUUUAUACGUCGAGUCUUUCCGACUGCCUUGAAGACCAAAAAAGAUUCAAGCGAGAAGAAUGUCGAGUCACCUCCCAAGAGGGCUGAGACGGUAGAUACUCCGUCCAACGCCAACACCAAUACCUCGUCCAUGAAGAGACGUUUCUUGAGCGAGGAGGCCACCACUGCGAGCAAGAAGCAAGUGUUUGCCAAGGGAAAGGCGAGGUCGGUCUCUAUGCCCGUUGCCAGCUCGCUGUCUCUCUCGCCAGCAAAGCGAGCAGAGAUGUCUCGUUCACCCGCUGUGCAGCAUGGUAAGGAAGUGCGCAAAUAA